GCCGCCGCCGCCGCCGCCAGCAGCGCGGACAGAGCGAGCAGGGUCGCCUCCGCCUGCCCGGCCACCCCCCCUGGUGCCGGGGCUCCGGUGGGCCAGGAUGUCGGGCUUCCUGGAAGAGCUGCUCGGCGAGAAGCUGGUGACCGGCGGCGGCGAGGAGGUGGACGUGCACUCGCUGAGCACCCGCGGCAUCUCGCUGCUCGGGCUGUACUUCGGCUGCAGCCUGAGCGCCCCCUGCGCGCAGCUCAGCGCCAGCCUGGCCGCCUUCUACAGUCGCCUGAGGGGGGACGCGGCGGCGGCGGGGCCGGGGGCCGGGGCCGGGCCGGGGGCCGGGGCGGCCGCGGAAGCCGAGCCACGGCGCUGCCUGGAGAUCGUCUUCGUGUCCUCGGACCAGGACCAGCGGCAGUGGCAGGACUUCGUGCGGGACAUGCCGUGGCUGGCGCUGCCCUACAAGGAGAAGCACAGAAAGCUUAAACUUUGGAACAAAUAUCGAAUCUCCAACAUUCCAUCACUAAUAUUCCUAGACGCCACCACUGGGAAGGUUGUGUGCAGGAAUGGACUGCUAGUGAUCCGAGAUGACCCCGAAGGUCUGGAAUUCCCAUGGGGACCUAAACCCUUCAGAGAAGUCAUUGCAGGGCCCUUGCUCAGAAACAAUGAGCAGUCCCUGGAGAGCAGCAGCCUGGAAGGGUCGCAUGUGGGAGUCUAUUUCUCUGCACACUGGUGCCCACCGUGCCGAAGCCUCACCCGGGUCCUGGUGGAAUCCUACCGGAAGAUCAAGGAGGCAGGCCAGAAAUUUGAGAUCAUCUUUGUUAGUGCAGACAGAUCAGAGGACUCAUUCAAACAGUACUUCAGUGAGAUGCCCUGGCUCGCUGUUCCGUACACUGAUGAGGCCCGGCGCUCACGCCUCAACCGGCUCUAUGGAAUCCAAGGCAUCCCCACCCUCAUCGUGCUGGACCCGCAGGGCGAGGUGAUCACCCGGCAGGGGCGGGUGGAGGUGCUGAAUGACGAGGACUGCCAGGAGUUCCCCUGGCACCCCAAGCCCGUGCUGGAGCUCUCAGACUCCAAUGCCGUGCAGCUCAACGAGGGUCCCUGCCUCGUCCUUUUUGUAGAUUCUGAGGAUGAUGGGGAGUCUGAGGCAGCCAAGCAGCUGAUCCAGCCAAUAGCCGAGAAGAUCAUUGCUAAGUACAAAGCCAAAGAGGAAGAGGCACCGCUCCUGUUCUUUGUGGCUGGGGAGGAUGACAUGACCGACUCCCUGCGUGAUUACACUAACCUGCCCGAGGCUGCCCCUCUGCUCACCAUCCUGGACAUGUCAGCCCGGGCCAAGUACGUGAUGGACGUGGAGGAGAUCACUCCUGCCAUUGUGGAGGCCUUUGUGAAUGACUUCCUAGCAGAAAAGCUCAAACCAGAGCCCAUCUAGUGGGGUCCCAGCCUCUUGAGACAUUAUUUAAGACUAAGUCUCCUCUUCCUCUUCUUCCUUCCCUCCACCCCUGGACUUUUCCAGCGUGUCCGGAAUCACACAACCCAAGUGUCCAACCUCUCUGUGGUGCCUUGUUUUCUGCAUUAACUCCUCGGCCUACACUCUCGGGUGCACAUCCUCUCGGCAACAGAAGGACCUAUCGCAUUUGGGGGCUCUACUGGAGAUUCACUGGGCUGGCAUUACUGGGCCAGAACUGGGGCUACAUGACUCUCUCGGUCACUAGCUCUCAUUGAAGGGUUUGCCAGCUUCUUGUGCCAAGUGGGUAUAAGGGGAUGCUCCGCUGGUGCUCUGGCUCUGCCCCUUGUGUGGGCACACACACGCAGAACCCAAGGGUGCUCGGUGACAUGCAAGCCAGUGAAGCAGGCAAAGAGCCACAGCCUCAACAACCUCAUCAUAGAGCUGCUGGCAACAGCCUUUCCUAGGCCACUCAGCCUCUCAUAUCAGUUGCUGUGUGGGCAGACGAUCUCCAGGUCUCAAAGGAACUGGAUGUUGCUUUUUGAUGAGAGAGUAGGCACGGUAAUGAACCAUAUAGCAAGUGCUUACUUUUAUUGAGCUCCUACAUAAGAGCUUCUCCACCCUACUUUAUAUCUCUCUCCCUUCUUCGACCUUGACCUCCAGGUUUCUGCCUUCUUGUCAUAGAAACAGCCCCUUACUAUCUUGGAAUUUUGCUAAUAAAUUUUUCCCUCUGAAGACCUUUCCGAGGUGAUAUAUGCAGCCAGCCCUGAGUUCUUAGAGGGUCACUAACUGGCCAACACACACCUCCGACCCCUGGGCUACUGGAGCUCUGCUGAGGUGUCUGAGUCCCCUUUGGGCUACUCUUGCCAUUGCCUCCUCUUUUUAAAAGCAGAACUAAAGAAGAGAAAAAUGACGAGAAGUCUCACUUUUCCCUAAGAAUCUACAGGAAGAGCUGUGCCCUGGGGUGGGAGUGAGGGCAGAGGACAUUUCAAGUAAGAAGAGGCCUUGGAACUGCUUUGCUGGACCCAGUAACCCAGCAUCUCAUUUAGCCUGAACUGACCACAAAAAGGAGAAAUAAGAACAACUGUGUUCUUAGGAUUUGGAAUGGAGAUUCUAGGGAUUCAAGGGAAUUUAGUCUGUUCAUCAGGUGUUAGGUUUUGUUUUGAACAAUCCCAGGCCUUACACCUUACACUUAGAGCACUCUGACAACCAAGACCAGUAAUUUGGACAACCUAGCCCCCCUAAUUAGCUGUUGAUACAAGGAUUGUAGAUUUGUAGUUCAGAGGUACAAAAAUUAGUUGUUAAGUAGACCAUUACUUACUUGGUAUCACCAGCCUGAAAUACAGCCACCCAGUAAAAUAAAGCAGGCAUCUCUGGCAGCAUCAGCCACUGGGCUUUUCCUAUACCUAAUAACACAUCUUUUUUUUUUUUCCCCGCAUAAGGGGGUUGGGGUGGGACAUAAAAGAUACUCUUAGUUCUCAUUGGCAACAGUUAGCAGCUGUGUUUCGGAAUUCUUGAGACCCUGGCCAGGGGCAGAGACCCCAUGCAGGGUUUCCGAUCUCUCCCUGUUUGGCAAGUAGAUUCUCAGAUGACAGACAUCCUUGCUAUAGGCAAGCAAGUGCUCUGAAGCCUGAGAAAGACAAGGAAGCCCUGUGGAGACUGGGGCAGUAGCUGGAGCCCCUUUAGCCCAGCUCUAUCUAUCCCAGAACUUCUCUGGGAACCCUGCCAGUAUCCCAAAGGAGGAGGUGGGGCACAUAGAGGGACAAGGUGAGAUCUUGCUCAAAAUGUGAACAGAAUGUCUGUCUGCCCUAUAUGGUAAUGUCUUGUAAGAAAGGUGGUUUCUCUAAGCAAUUACUUAAACUCUGGGUCAGCAGGCUCUAAUUCCAGUAAAAAGUCACUGGAAGUCACUGCAUCUGAAAGAGGUUUGGUCAUCUGUGAUUCUUUUGUGGUCUGUACAGGACUAACUAACUAGACUACUUGCCACUAUUGUCUACUGGGUCUUUGACAUCAUAAUCCCUUAUUCUUUUUUUUUUUUUUUUUUUUAGAGUGGGUGUGUGGGUUAGUUAAGAUCACUGGGGGAAAGGUUUACUAAGAAGGUGCUUUAAGUUUAUAUAGGCAUCUUUCAGAGAUAUUGCAAAUUUGGUUCCAGACCAUUGCAAUAAUACGGAUUUUACAAUAAAGUUAAUCACAUGCA